AUGGAGGAGCUCCUUCAUUGGCAUCCGAACCGCCGGACACCAAUGCACCUGGCCGCCCAGUACCAGUUUCCGGGCCUGGGGUCCUUCCUCGUCCAGAACUUCACGUACUCCGCCAGCGAGCACUGCCUUAAGCAGGACUCGGACAACAACGUCCCCUACCAAAUUCUCUGCCAGGCGAGGAUCCCGCCGGACAGCGAGCUCCAUCGCUUUAAGAACCUCCUCCUCUUCGAGACUUGCCGGCGCUUCUGCGUGGAGAGCUGCUCCAAGUCUGAGCAGACGAGCGUCGCGAACGACCAGAAGCUGCGCGAUGUGGAGAUCAUGCUGGUGGAGGAACUCCGUGGCCUGGUCACAAUGAAGCGAAAGAAGGCAGAGAUCUAUUUCAAGAAGGACUUUCCUCGGAUUACCUGCGAGAACAUGCCCGGCAGCAUGCAGCACAGCCUCAUCCACGUCUUCGCGCACUUCGGCCAGCGAAAGGUUCUGGAGCAGCUCUUCGACACGGAGAAGCUGUACAAGGUGAGCUACGCGAUGACGACCGAGGACCUGAAGCAUAUGCAGAUGCACCACAAGCUGAAGCUUCUCUGCCUCACCUCGCGAGAAGAUUCGCCUGCGAGGUAUCCGCUGGGCUGCGCCAUCCUCCAGGGGCAUCUCAGCACGUUCCACUUCCUCUUCAAGCAGGCACUGGAGUUGCAGGAGUACUUCACCGAGGUCUCGGCCGCUGAGAACUGGCCGAAGCCGGCCUGGGGCCCCGAGCUCCACGCCGAGUUCCUCCACAUGGUCCAGGAGAGCCUGACAGCCUUGGCCUCCGUGCCCGUCAAGUCCGAGAAGCGCCGGGUGACGACGGCUGCGGAGGACAGCGCAUGUCCCAACCACUGCUGUCUGAGGCCAGAUCUCACGGUUCCACCCGAGCCGCUCCGCGCCUGGGGCAGCUUCACGAUCUACGACGACAGCAGAUCUAUGAGCCUGGCGGAAGCAAGCCGAAAGCCUCAGAACAUGCUGCAGCUGGCCUGUGGAAAGUGGGAGGGUCUCCACCUCCCCGAGCGAGUUGUCCGACGCCUUGUGUAUCACAAAGUCGACUAUGCCGACGGGAGGACCACGGAGGUCAGUCGCCAUGCGGAGCCCACAGACGUUGGUGAUGGGGUGCGGCUUACAGCGAUCCGCAUGCUGCUGCAGGACGCCGCCCAGCAAGACUCCGGGGCUUUGCAAACGAAGCAGAGGCUCUUCUACACGCUGGUCCGGUCGGCCUUGGAGUGUAACUUCAAGGAUCCCAUCGAGGAUUUGGUGGGCUUCUUGGAUGAGCCGGAUGUCUGGUCUCCAGGGGAGCGGUGUCCCGAGGCUCUGCACGACCUCCCUGGCUGGGUGCAGCAAACGACGAAAGCACUCCACGACGCCAACUUGGACGGCUCGCGCUUGGAGUCCUCCGCGCUCCGCCAUCGGCUGCGGCUUUUCUGUGGCUACGUGCCCAAGAACCCCGACAACCAUGACCAAAGGUACAACAAGGAGAGCCUGCUUCAUGUGGCGGCAUACGCCUCCAUCCGGUACAACAGUGCUGUCUCGGUGCGGCUGGUGGCCAUGAUGUCUGUGCUGGUGGACUUCCCCGCCACAGCCCACUACAGCCGCGAAAGCUCCAACUUGCAGCCGCCACUGCGCUAUGCCUUGGGGACGCCCCUGAAGCAGACGGACGUGGACGGCGGCAGCAGCCACGCCGAAGACAUGAUCGGGCAGGGCACGCCGCACCAGAAGGCCAUCAUCCAGCUCCUGCUCUUCGAGGACUUCGUCUAUCACGCCAUGCGCAACACCAGCAAGUCACAGAGUGGGAUCCUGCAGCCACUCCACGACCUCAUCGAGGACUUCUUCGACUCACCAGAGCUGGCACGAGGCCUGCUGGAAGAGGUCCUCAAGGAGACGCAUCAGAUCCGCUUGGAAGGCCAGGUGCAAACCAAGACGGUGCUGCACAUCAUCGGGCAGUUUGCAUUGACGGCUGAUUUCGCCUUCAUCUUCCGUCAGCUCCCAUCGCGCGGACGAUACUUCGCAGCCAUGUUCCAUCAAGCCGACUCGAGGGGCUUCACCAUCAUCCACUACGUGGCUGAGGGCAUCAUCUCGCAGGCCAUUCAAGCCCAGGCGCAGGCUUCGCUUCGAGACAAGGAGGCGGGCGCAGACUCCCCCAUGCGCGCAGCCUCCUUCGCAUCCGGUGAGGAGAUGCUGCCCCUGGACACGGAGACGGACCCUGCGCCCUCGCGCGCCGGCGCCGCGGCCCAUGAGCAGCUCUGGGCUGCAGUGAGGCAGCAAUGCUCUAAAGGUGAGCGGUCCACAAACGAGCACGACCGUAUGAUGCUGGUGCUUUUGGGACUGCUGGCCAUCGAUGACAAGGAGGCGAAACUGAAGCAGUUCUUCCGCCGUAUUGAGCACAUUGAGUGGAAGGAGUCGGAGCCCCGGGACGCCGUAAGCCGCGACGUGGCGGUGCACCGGAGGGACGUCCUCGCCUGCUUUCAGAAGGAGCACCUAGACCGGAAUGACAUGAAUGAGCUGCUCCGGCGCUUCGGGUCCACCACCCUCAAGGGGGACCUGGUCUUCGGCUGGUGCGAGAUUCUUCCCCAGCAGCAGAAGAUUCGCACCCUCUGCAUCGGCGUCAACGCCGAAUCCGUGAAGCAAAAGGACCACGGCAUCCUUGGUGGCGCUGUUCGCUGGGAGCUUCAGGAGGGCUCCCCUUUGGUUGUGGACAUCAUGUUCAUGCGGCGGGUUUGCGGUGUCGCGUGCGAGCUCCACGCACAGGGUGACACUGAGGAGGAGGUGUCCCUUGAGAUCGCAAGCUCGCAAGACAACGCGAGAUGGACUUCGGUGGCUAUCGCGGGAGCAAGCUCAUUGACUGCUCACCCAAAGGCGGCGAGCCUGCAGCUGCAGAAGAUCCACUUUCAGAAGCCGGUGGACGCAAGGUACUUCAAGAUCUCGGUCCAGCCGCCCUCGAUUUGCCAGCUUUGCGUUGGCUUGGUCUUGGAGUACAAGACGAAGAUCGCUUGGCAGAAGGUCGGCCCUGUCAAGUGGCUGCCCCCAGAGAUGCUCGAAUCCUGGAAUGGCCCAGACGGGGGCAGCCAGUCGCUUCUCUACCACGCAGCACGGUUGGAGCAUCGGAGCUGCCGCAGGCUGGUGAGGAUCUCGGAGUACAGCGCCUUCGGGAGGGAGAGGAAGACACCCUUCGAGUUGAUGAAUCCCGAUUCUGAGCUGCUUGCAGACCUGCUCGUGCCGCACUUCCAGUUCCUGUGCCGGGAGGCCGAGGAAUCUCUGGAUGAAGGCCCGCGGGACGACGACCAGCUGAAUAGCUGGGUGUCGGUGCUCGAUAAGGAGAUGGAAAAGUUCUUCCGGGGCCUUCCUUACCGGCACAAGCAGGGCGUCCUUACGGAGGCUUGUAACUACCGGGACAACAAGCGGACCGUCUUCCACUACGCCUCCAUGUAUGGCCUGCACGGGACGCUGAAGGCCCUCUUUGACGAGUACAAGAGGUACGACGACCACCGGCACUUCUUCGACAAGGAGAACAAGUCAGCGCUUAGCCUGGUCUGCAAGGAGCUGCUGCGGCUCUUCCCGGCCUGCAAGCAGGAGAUCCAGCGGUGUAAGGAGGCGAUCAGCGAGGACCUCCAGCCGUGGGUGGAUCAGAGGCAGAAGUCGCGCCUAAAGAGCAUGGACACCCAGGAGGAGGACUUCGCCCGUGAGACAUUCCACUCUGCCGCCGCGGCAGGAAACCUUCACUUGUUGAAGAGGUUGAUGGACAACUGGGGGGUAGAAGGAUCGGACCGAAAGCGGGUCGCGAAGAAGACGAACGAGACAGGCGUCAUCACGCCGCUGAUGGCUGCGUGCAAGGAGGGAGAGGUGGAGGUCGUCCAGUACCUUCUGGAGAUCCUCAGCCCCCCCGAGGGCGAGGACAAGCCCCGGCUGAACGCCGACGCCUGGAAGGAGAUGUGGAAAGUGGACAUGGAAGGCGAUUCUUGCUUCCACUUGUUGGCGAGGAAGCUUUUUGAGAAGGCCUCCUCGGACAAUGCCUCGGCGGUCAAUCUCAUGGUUCGCCUGCUGAGCAGGGACUCCUGGCGCGGCUUCGACUUGCCAAAAGCUUGGGUUGUGGCUGGGGCCGGGGCUGGCGAGAAGACGAUGAUGGAAAUCCUGGCCACAAAGCGGGGACCUGGCCUGGACAAGGUGAUGCAGCUGGCCGGCGGCUUGGCCUCCAACUGCUUCGACCUCCAUCGCCAGCGGUGCCUCUUCGCCGCAAGCGAGCAUGGCAACCGAGUCUUCGUGGAGGCCAUGAUCCAGGAGGACGACGACGCCGUCACGCACUGGAUGGACUUGCGCAGCCCUGCGCACGAGUCGGUGCUCCAUGCGCUGGCGCGUUGCCGGAACUACGAUGCCAGUGUGGAUCUCUUUCGCUUCUUAGAAGCCCGGGCGGAGAUGCAAGGGAAGGUCGACAAAUGGCAGGAGCUGAUGCUCCAGCGUGGGGAUGCGAAACGGUCGCCACUCCACUGGGCGGCCGAGACUGGCAAUGCUGAGCUGAUCCGCACGAUGUUCCUGAUCAAGCAGUCGCCCAAGGACUUCAAGGAGUGGUUGAACGCCAAGGGUGUGGAGGACAAGUCGCCAAUUGAGCUCUGCACGGAUGCGGACGCGGCAGAGAGCCUGUUCUGCAGUUCGCUUGUCUUGCCGGAGGACCUCAAUCAGCUGGCCCCGUCCGUCGCUGUCCGGAUCUCGCAGCUCCAGCUGCAGGUGCACAUCACUUUGCACACAGACCACGCCGAUCGUCCUGAGAGGUAUAACUACUUGGUCAAGUCCUUCAGGGACAAGGUGACCGGCAAGGAUCUGCUGCACAAGCUAGACACGGUUCCGAAGGACAAGCUUACCGAAGCCUUGAUCAUAAUGCAGAACACUGGCGAUCCGUAUCAGUGCCCACUGCUCCAUCUGGCGGUCUGGCUCAUGCGCCGGAAUUGGGUCAUCUUCCUUUUAGAAGCAGACGCAGACCCGCUCAAGAAGGACACGGCCGGAAGAACGGCUGUGGACAUCGCCUUCAUGCGGUCGGGAGAGGUCCUCGAGAGCGACCCUGAGGAGUGGAAGGGCAGCCGCAGCCAGGAUCUGGAUGUGGGCGACGACGUCUUCAUCAACUCCCGAAACCUGCAGGCCAGCGGUGGGAACGAGAUGAUCUGUGCCAAAGUCUCCGACUGGCAGCUGGGGCAAAUCUCGGAGGGCCGCCUCCCACCCGCGGACGACGAGGUCGGCGGCAUGGGUGACUUCAUCUUCGCGGACCUCCCCAUGAGGGAGGUGGACUACUCGGAGGAGAGGGAAGGCGCGCGCUUGCAAAAGCGAGACGAGGUCUUGCGCUGCCGAGAUUUUUUCUACCACACCUCAAAGGUCUUGGAGCUUCUUCUGGAGAAGAUCCACCGGAGAGGUCGGUUGAAAGAGUGCCUGGCCAUCGAGGAGGACCGCGAUCCGUAUGGUGAGCCUCGCGGCCUCGACCGGUUUCUGGAGAGAGCCGACCAUCACUCGUGGUGGAUCCAACUGAGGAAAGAAUUCGUGAGCCAGAGCUUGUUGAACUUCUUGAGCCAAGCCUAUGACAUCCGAGACUCCAGGGUGCCAGAGAUACUCCUCGCCUCCACGCGCUUGUGCUCCAGCGACAAGCUCAAAGACCUGCAGCCUGCCCAUCGCCCGAAGAAGUCUGGCGGCUCCGUCCUGUCACUGGCUGCCUGGUGUUUGCAGAACAACACUGGCAAGCACACCAACAACUUGGUGCAGUUCGUCCACAAGAUUCUCACCUGCUCAGACCUCCUCGAGUGCGAUGAGGGACUGCUGCUUGAGCUCCGGGCAACCGGCCACGAACGCAUUGAGGUGAAGAUCCGCGAGCAGCUGAUGGAGCAAAAGCUGGCCCGUUUCUCUCAAGAGCCCCGUAAGAUCAGCCACGUCAUGGAUACUGUGGGGGGCUUGGGCACCAAUCUGCUGGAGCUGGUGGUGCAGCACGCCAGUCACUACAAGAUCUUGAAGCUUCUGCAGCUGCUGACAGACCCUGGGUUUGGGCUCUUCUCGACGCUGACCACUGCGGACUCGGAGGCCUUGCGCCUGGAGAUCCACAGCGACCAGGGCGCACACCGCUUCACCCGGAGCGGGCCGCAGGAAGGUGCAGCCGGUGCAGCGGGCUGCCUGCUUGUUGAGGAACUGGCAACCGAUGCGUCGGUGGUGGACGACCGGCAGAGGUGGCGCUCCACACGAGUGAAGGGUUUGUGGCUGGAGAGGGGCAGCGGGGUCGUCUACAUCAUGCUGCAGACGGGGAUCCUUCGCAUUCAUCCGCCCGCCAACCUGCGGCCUCGGAUGCUCACGAAGCUCUUCUCCCUGGCCCGCGGCCUUGACCUCCACAGCACACCCCACCCUGUGAGUUUGGCAGGGAACAGUCUUCUGGAGCUGGCUGUGGAAAGGGGGGACGCUUCCAUCGUGAGGCUCCUGGCAACACACUUAGGCUUCGGCUCCAUGUCGGAGCCCUCACUGUCCACCAUCCGGAUCCCUGGAGGCGAAGCGACGCCUGGCCAGAAGGAGGCGCUGAAGUCCAACAACCUCUUUGGGAGAAAGGCGGCCCUUCUGGAGAGCAGCUCCAAGGACGUGAAGGCCGCAAGUUGGCUCUUCGGCGAUGUCUUCAUGCCGGUGGAGUGCGGGAAGUGGUGUAGUUAUCGGGUUGGCACCUGCCGGCCGCUGCAGCGGACCUACUUCGAGGUCCGCGCCAUCGAGAUUGGUCGGGGACUCCAUGUGGCCUUCGACGAGGGGAAAGAGGAAGCGGGGCGUGUUGAGAUCGUCAACCUGCUGGGCAUGGAUCAGCAAGGCCACAUCUACACGCCUCUCCCUCCACAUGCGACACCGCCCAGCGAAGGGGUGAAGCUGUGGCAGGCCCUCAGCUCCGACAGCUGGGCACGCGUGCGGGGUCACUGCUGGGAACCUGCAACUGGAUUGACGGUCGAGAUCGAAGACUUGAGCCUUCCAGGGCAUGCUCCCGCGGAGGACGAAGCGGAAACUGAGUCCGCCUCAACCAGUUGGGGCUUCCAAGUGACCCUCCAGCUGAAGCGUCAGGGCCCGCCCGAGGUACUGGUCAAGGACCAACUCCCAGAGAAGAAUGCCAUCGUGUGCUACGACGGUGAGGUUGGCAUGGUGAAGGAGGUGCUGGAGGACAAGUUUGUCUGGAGGACUUUUGCGGAUGGCUCCUGCCGUGAGAUUGCGCUUGGGGAGGUGUCGGAGUCCAAGCCCCUGACGCUGGCGGAUGGCUGCAGCUAUGUUCUCAUCUCUCACAUGGACUCCUCCGAGGUAGCCUUCUACAUCGAUGCUGAGGGCAUGAUCUUCGACAUGAACGAGGAAGAGUGCGGGAAGCUUCCAUUCUACGAAGAUGGCAAGCCCCUGCUUGCCAACUACUUGCUGAACUCGGCCUGUAGCAUCUUGGGCACGCGAGAUCACCAGGCAGCGGACAGCCCCGGACCUGCCGACCAGAGCCUUCUGGCUCUCUUUCGACAGGGCAUGCCGUGGCUUAAAGAUGUUCCCGAGAAGAAGUGGCCCAUGGCUGUGUUGUACCAGCAAGUAGGCACGCAGCUGCUUUCGCAGAGCUUGGUGGAAGAUCCGAGCACUAUGUCGACUUCAGGCCACCGGUGUCCAGGGCACCACUUCGGCCUCCUGCGCUACGAGCUCCAGGGUCGCGCGACGAAGGCCAUGUUGUGCGGCACCUGCCCCAAUGACGCACCAAGUGGCCAGGCGAUCUAUUGUUGCCCUGCGUGGCGCGACAACAAGCGGAGCGGCGGUUGCUGCGCCAGUUCCCGCUCCACUUACGCCAGGUGUGUUUCGUGCAUCGAGAUAACGGAGACCACGAGCGAGACCGAGAAGCAAAGCAAGUACACCGCCUUUCUGGAUGGGGCACCGGUGAUCGCUGAGAAGGAGGAGGGUCUGAGGAGUUGCAAAUGCCUUUGGGUGAGGCUGCCGGAAGAGGAUCUCGCUGGCGCUUUUCUUGAGUGCACAGACUCUGCGACCAACAGGACUGCCUUCCUAAUGGACGAGCCGGGCAUCAGAGCCGGGGUGUACAGCCGGGACGGCACAUGGUAUCUUUGCCGGGAGCCGGACAUGGAGAAGCCCCAGAAGGAGUUCCUGGAAGAUCUGCUGGCAGGCCGCCUCACCCCCCUGGCACACUGCAGGUCGCUGCAGGGCAAGGAUGAAGAGAGCGGCGAGGCUGGCGAUGCGUCCAGCUUGGAGAUUUCGGAGUACAAGAUGCGGGCAGUGAAGGUGCACUUCAACAUCGCCCCCGCCAAGAAUUCCUGGCUGCACGUUGCCACCAAAGGAGGCGGCCUUUGCCAGGAGCUUUGCCGGUCGGCGGUGCCGCUCCCCCGCUGCCAGAAGCACGACCUGCCCCUUCUGGGCCGCCACUGGGAGGAUGCGGUUGACGAGAUCCCAGGCUUGACUUGCACAACGUGCGAGAAGGAUCUGCGAGAGUAUUCGAUCUUCUACACCUGCCAUGCCUGUGACCAGGAAGAGAUCGCCAAGGGCUUUCUGAGCUGCGAUGGCAAGAACGACGACGGAGAGGCUCACCGGCUCGACUUUGCGGCAAUUUGGCCCUGGAAGGAAGUCUUGCAAGCUGUGAGCGCCUCGAGCCUCCAAAAGUGGUCAAAUACCUCCUUCGCCCCCGGCGGAUGGUGGAGUUUCUGGCUAAGGUGA